AUGCAUCUCAACGCUGCUCUUGUCGUUCUCGCGGCCUCCUCCAGGCUCGCGCUGGCCAGCCCCGCCACGGACAAGCUCCAGAUUGACCCUGCACUUCGCUUGAUCAAGACGUCUGAGACUGACCCCGGCACUUGGGUUACAGACGAGGAGAAGAUCGCGAACUACGUCAGCAAGAACAUCGGUUUCAUUGACAUCACUGACAUCAAUGAUGCGGAUGUUCUUACCGCACUCUCAACCCCGCCUGAAGCUGAGCUGGCUGCCAGACAAGCCGUUACGUAUCCCACAGCCUUGACUCAUGUUUCCGAGGCAAACUCCCUCAUCUCGUCGGUUUCCAACACUGGACCGCAGUCUUGGCUCAAGACGUUGACUGACUUCUACAACCGCUAUUACCGUUCUACAUACGGUACGCAGUCUGCUACCUGGCUGUUUAACCAGGUUAAGACCAUCGCUGCUGCGAACUCGGCCAUCACUGUCACGCAGUUCUCCCACUCUUUCAACCAGCCCUCCAUCAUUGUUAAGAUUCCCGGAACUAGCUCCAACCUUGUGAUCGUCGGUGCUCAUUUCGACUCCACUGGUGGCUCUUCUACCGCCCGUGGACCUGGUGCUGAUGAUAACGGUUCCGGUGUUGUGGUCAUCCUGGAGGCCCUGCGCGUCCUGGCCAAUGCUGGCUUCAAGCCCAAGAACACCCUUGAAUUCCAUUUCUACGGCGGCGAGGAGGGCGGUCUUCUCGGAUCUCAGGCCGUCUUUGCAAACUACAAGUCUGCCGGCAAGCGGGUGCUCGCCUUUGUUAACCAGGAUAUGGCUGGGUACUCUCCCUCUGGCAAGGUUUCCGUUUACACCGACUACGUUGAUUCUGCCUUGACCUCUUAUGUCCGUCUCGUUGCCACCCAGUACACCGGCAGCACGCCUACCAGCGACACCUGCGGAUACGGAUGCUCCGACCACGCCAGUGCCCGCUCCAACGGCUUCCCUGCGGCAUACGUAUGCGACGAGCCUGUCGAUACCUCAAGCCCCUACAUCCACAGCCCAUCAGACUCUUAUGCCACCAUUCAAUGGCCUGCCAUUCUUCGUCACUCCAAAUUCACGGUUGGAUUUUUGGUGGAGGCUUCGUACCUUUAA